CUCUGAGCCUGCAAACCUGGCUUCCUCGUCGCGGACCUGCUUUCGAAGCUUUUCGACGUGAUCCGCUUGCGUUUUUUUUUGUAAUUUUUUUUAAUAGAUUUUGGGGGUGUGUGAAUGCGAUAUUGCGAAGCUGGGGGAUCGAAUUACGAUAACAGGGGUUGAGUGAGGAAGGCAGGACAGGAACGCAUGAAGCCUUGUGCGAUGGCGCGUGCGGUUUCGUUCGUGUUUCUGGCGCUCGGGGUGGUGGUGAUGGUUGCCGCGGAUUCGGUCAUCGAUGAGCUGGAGAAGAACGGCCUGCCUGUGGGGCUGCUCCCGAGCUCCGUUCAGAGUUACUCGAUUGGGGCGAAGGGCGAUUUCUCGGUGUCACUGGAGGCGCCUUGCUAUGCCAAGAUUGAAGACCAGCCGGCAUAUUACAGCAAGCAUAUCACGGGAAAGCUUAAGUAUGGCUCCAUCAGCAACCUGAGCGGAAUCCAGACAAAGCAGCUGUUCGUUUGGUUGCCAGUGACAGGAAUCUAUGUGGAUAUUCCAGCCACACCCUACAUCUACUUCGAGGUCGGUGUGUUGACAAAGCGACUUUCGAUUGCCAUAUUCGAGACACCUCCAAGGUGCUCCUCCCAUGGCGUUGAUACCGGUAUCCACGUCCCCAAUUUGGCUGAAUUUAUGACUUCUCGACCAAGGAAGGCGAUACAGUGACACACCUGUGACACAAGCUACCGAAUCCACGUGUUCAGAGAGAUCUGCGAUAGUUGAUAGUUGUUUUGCAUGUAACUUAUUGACUUCCUUAAGUGCGAGAGUGUGUUUGUUGCUUCUUAAGGAAAGCACGGAAUGUAAAUUUCAAUAUAAAUACUUUAUUCCUACAAAGGGCUGUUAAUGCAGUUCACCCGUAUGCCCACUA